GUAGUAGAUGUUAAUCUAACCUAUAUGGCCGUCUACCCAUCUCUGAAAAACCGGUGUAAUAUGGUAUAAUAAUUCCUAAAGCACUUUGUUUGCUUUUAUUUGUAACUUGUACUUUUACUGAUAAGAAAUACGUCGUAGUAAAAUUAUCACAAUGUUUCGUACAGUUAUUUUACAAGCACGCAAUCAAGUCGCCCGGUUAAACAGUACUUGUUACAAACGAUUCUCGUCGCAAGACUUGACCGAGACCUCAAAUGUAGAAAAGUGUGUAAAUAAUGUAACGUUACUUGGAAGGGUUGGAGCAGACCCUCAAAAACGUGGAAAUGCUGAGCAUCCAGUUGUAAUAUUCUCCCUUGCAACACAUACAAAUUAUAAAUAUGAAACAGGUGAAUUUAUGCAAAGGACAGACUGGCACAAGGUAUGUGUCUUUAAACCUAAUUUAAGGGAUGCCGUGUAUAAAUAUCUAAAAAAAGGUCAGCGAGCAAUGAUAAAUGGUAGAAUAAGUUACAGUGAAUUUCAAGGUACAGAUGGAAACGUAUCCUCCAGUACAUCUAUCAUAGCAGAUGAUGUAAUAUUUUUUCAAUAAGAAAUUGUUAUAUAUAUAAAUAAUACAUAUAUUUUGUCUUUUUCAAUAAAAUUAAGAAAUAAACUUUUUCAAUAAAAUGUAGAAAUAAA